GGUCAUUUUAAAUACAGCGACACAACACGUGGAUGUUGGAACUUCGCGUAUUUCGCCUGAAACUAAGUCAUUUUAUUAGCUAUUUAACCUUUCAUGUAAGUUCAACAACAAAAACAAAGGACUAGUAUGGGCAAAAAGAAUAGAGGGAGACCUUCGAAGAAGUACAAGACGCAACAAAAAGGGAAAAAUGAGCGGCCAAAGAGCGGUCGAUCCGGCGGGGCCGACAGUGGAUUGGACUCGGGGAUGGAAUCGGACGUGGAAGGGACAAGCGUGGCACCAACUGAACGACAGCCCGGCAAGGUAUCGGUCGGUUUCCCCAAACUUGACGGUUACACAUCAGAUGCGGAGCCGGAUACCAGGGAACUCGUCAAGCAGAUGAACCGGAAGAAAAAGAAAUCGGGGGGUUUCCAGUCCAUGGGAUUGAGUCACCCUGUGUUCAAUGGAGUAAUGAAGAAAGGCUACAAGAUUCCAACUCCCAUACAGAGAAAGUGCAUCCCGGUCAUCAUGGAAGGCAAGGAUGUGGUUGCCAUGGCGAGGACGGGCAGCGGCAAGACGGCAGCGUUCCUCAUCCCGAUGUUUGAGAGGCUGCACCAGCGGUCUGCGCAGUCUGGCGCUCGGGCCCUGAUCUUAUCCCCGACACGAGAGCUGGCUCUACAGACGCUCAAAUUCGCCAAAGAGUUGGGAAGGUACACCUCCAUAAAGGCAGAAGUCAUUCUCGGCGGUGACAAACUGGACGAUCAGUUUGCGGCGUUACACGAGAACCCCGACGUUAUCAUCGCCACGCCCGGCCGCCUCCUGCACGUGCUUGUCGAGAUGGAGAUGAAGCUGAAGUCGCUGGAGUACGUCGUCUUUGACGAGGCCGACAGAUUAUUCGAGAUGGGUUUCGCAGAGCAACUCCGCGAGAUCCUGAACUCCUUACCCCAGCACCGACAGACCCUUCUCUUCUCAGCAACGCUCCCAAAGUCCCUCGUAGAGUUCGCCAAGGCCGGCCUGAACGAUCCCACGCUCAUCCGUUUGGACGUGGAAACCAAAAUAUCCGAUCAACUUCAGAUGUUGUUUUUCUUCCUGAGGCCGUCGGAUAAGAUCGCAACACUUCUUCAUCUGUUGCGGAAUGUCAUCGGGCCGGACGAAAUGACUGUUGUGUUUAUGGCCACUAAACAUCACGUGGAGUACAUAAAAGAGAUCCUUCUCAUGGCCGGCAUAGACUGCACCCAUACCUACAGCGACCUGGACCAAACGGCUCGCAAGAUCAACGUGGCCAAGUUUACGCACAAGAAGACAAGAGUCAUGCUUGUGACGGACGUGGCGGCCCGCGGUAUUGACAUUCCGAUGUUGGACAACGUCAUCAAUUACAACUUUCCUGGAAAACCGAAGUUGUAUGUGCACAGAGUUGGACGUGUGGCAAGAGCCGGCCGCAGUGGCCGUUCUUUUUCUCUGGUCGGUCCGGACGAGCUACCCUACUUGCUAGACCUUCAUCUUUUCUUGGGCCGAUCACUCAACCUGGCAUCUUCGCAGGAUACAGAAGUUAAAGAUAAUGACAGCGUUAUCGGGCGUGUCCCUCAAACCAUCAUCGACGAUGAGGAAGAACUCGUGACCCAUUUCCACCGGCAGUCGGUGGAUCUCGAGGGGCUUCAACGGGCCUGCCGGAACGCCGCAAAGCAGUACCUCAAGACCAGGCCUCACCCCUCUGUAGCAAGCCUCAAAAGGUCCAAAGGGAUGGCCAUGGGCGAGAGCGAGUACCAUCCCAUAUUUGGAAUCAAGGAAAAUCAGGUAGAAAACACGCGAGUGCAACUUGUCGACAACAUCAAGAACUACAAACCCAAAACAACCAUCUUCGAGAUUGCAACAUCCACAAAGAGCAUAGCACACCAGGUCAUGAAAACGAAGCGCCGUUUCCAUGGCGACAUUGUCAAGAAGAACAGGCAGAUACUCGGGUCAAAGGUCGAGGACAGCAGGCGUGGUCAGACAAACUCUGGGGCAACAGAGGCCCCAAGCACGGACAAGGAAAUUGAAGACGCCUUUUCCGCCAUCAUCGCACCAGGAAGCAAGAGGAAAUCGGAGAAAUACGUCAGCAGUGUCGCCAACCCCAAGAAACCAAAGAUGGAGAUCAAGACAAGCCAUCGCGACAAGGAUUAUUACAUCUCACAUUACGCACCGGACCGGCAAACUGAACAGGGGUUGAGUGUUGGGCUGACCUUUGACCAGCAGGCAGAGGGCGCACUUCUGGACUUGACGCAGGACGACCCACACGGCAUGAUCAAGCAACGGGGCCAGCUGAAAUGGGAGAGGAAGAAGAUGAAAUUUGUUAACGAGAUUGGCAGAGAAGGUCCGAAGAAGAUUAGAACAGAGAGCGGAGCACUGAUUCCUGCUUCCUACAAGAAAAACUUAUACAAGGACUGGUUGGAGAGAAGCAAAGCCGAUGCUGCGAUUGAGGCCACAGCUGACAGCGACGAUGAAGACGACGACGAAAAGAAGAAUCAAGCCAAAUUCUCCACACUGGGUCUCAGCCGUCACAUGAAAAACCGGCACAAAUCGUCCGUCAAGCCCACGGAAUCCAAAUACUCUGCCCCCCUCCCACGGAAGCGACCCUCAGGCCCCGCCCCCGGCAAGAAGGGAAAACGGGGGCCCAGGCAAGAAGUGAAGAGCCACGAGCAGAUUUUGAAGACGCGACGGACGAAGGAGAAGAACAAAGCGCGGAACGUCGGCAAGAAGCAACGACAGCAGUCCAUCCAGAAGAAGAUGGAGGGACGGCAAAAUACACUGAUGAAAAAGUCAAAGUUCAACAAGAGAAAGUAGACUUAAAAAUCUAGUCUCAUUUCAAGACCUCUUGAGGGUGUUGUCAGGUUUGUGCACAAGUGUCACUUGAAAGAAAAAAAACACAAAUGAGAUGGGAUGGUCAAAGUUCAACAAAAGAGUGUGUUGACUGGAAAAAAACCUGAGCCUAGUCUCAUUUCAAGAAUUAAUUAGGCACUGUCAGGUCUAUAUGUGAGUCAGUUGGAGGAAACAAUAUACGCUGAUGAAAAGGUCAGUGUUUAACAAAGGAAAAAAGACUAACAAUUCCUGAGCCUAGUCUCAUUUCAAGAAUUAAUUAGGCACUGUCAGGUCUAUAUGUGAGUCAGUUGGAGGAAACAAUAUACGCUGAUGAAAAGGUCAGUGUUUAACAAAGGAAAAAAGACUAACAAUUCCUGAGCCUAGUCUCAUUUCAAGACUCUUGAGGGCAUGAUCAGGUCUGUGAACAAGGUGUGGUUCAGUGUUAACAGAAAUUGUUGAUUGUUAAUUGUAAGUUGGUAUGUAUAACUGAACCUACAGUGGUGUGUGAUGUUUGUAUUGCUGUUUUUAACAGCAAAUGCAGAAAUAAAAUUUAGUAAAACAUGUGA